AUGGCGGCACCAAACGGUUUGUACGCACAUAUCGACUUCAGUUAUCCGUCAGCCAUUACAGAUAAGAGACACAAAUUACCUAAAGAUGAUGGAAAUACGCUGUGCCCUAUGCAUCAAAAAAUGAAACAACGUAACGAAAAUGAAAAGAAGAAGAAAAAGAAGCAACUGAACUUCUUUCGUCAUUUUUAUGAAAGAAAAAGUAGCUUGGAACGGAAGUUGGAAUAUCAUGGUAUCAAAAUUAAAGUUGAGCAUAAAAGAAAGAAGAUCCAUCCAGUUGAAUCAGAAGAAAACAAAGGCGACAGUAACAAAUUCACGCGACAGGAAUUGUUGAUCUUGUCAAAUUCUCAAUUGGAGCUGAUAAUGGACACGUUUGAAAGCUGUAUUAAAAGACUUUCAAAAGAAUUGACAGAACUUACUGAAGAAAACGAGAGACAUGCAGAUGACAAAACAGGCUUAAAAAUGACUGUACAGCGUUUAGAGGAGCUCGCGUUGAGAGUGAUGAAACCCUGGGUUAACAAGAUGCCUCAUUCUGAUGAAAUGACACGUGUAAUGUUGUUGAAUUGAAUUUCUGGGUAAACUUUACCACUAAUCGCUAAAAUAAUCUCUGUGUCAUCAAAUGUACAAAUGUACUACCCAAUUCCCCUGUCUAUCAAUUCCUCUCUGAACCA